CCCACUCACACUAUCGCCCCAUCCUUCGCUCUGUCCCCUUCCCCCUCCUCCUCAACAAUGAACCGUCCAUCUCUCAGGAUUCGACAUCAACCGGCUGACAGCUGCACAGAAACUGCAUUCCCCAAAUCUGUAGAUGUCGACGGGAUGAAAGUGGGGAGCCUGGCUCUUUACACCUCCUCCCUUUUCCCCUCCCCUUAAUUCCUUAUCCAACCUGCUUCGGGCAAAUGCGUAAUUUUCCCCAUUGCCUGCACCGAUACAGCUGAAAUUUGGGACUUUGUGACUGCCAAAGAAAAAGAUGGCCAAAAUCAAUACUCAGCACUCCUAUCCUACCACACACAGAUUCUCAGUCAGGACCAUUGAUGAAGAUACAGAAAGAGUUGAAAAUGGCACCAGCAGGGCUCAUUCCCCAUGUGAGGACUCGGCAUCAGAACUGCAGCAAGUGAUUACUAUGGAGACCAGAGCACCAACUGAAUCCUGCCAAAGUUCCUUCACAUGCCAGAGGCCAGCCAGGUUAUCACAGCUCAUUCUUUCCCUUAGAGCAUGGGCUACAAGACAUAUUCGUCAGGAAGACCGAAGGCCAGAUUCCUUCCUGGAGCGUUUCCGAGGGGGAGAACUCAAAGAGCUGUCCAGCCGAGAAAGUUUCACCCAGUCCAGCUUAGGCAUCCAAGAGGUGUCAGAGAGAGAGAGAAGAGGCUGGCCGCUGGCCAGACAUAAUAUCAACACCUGCAACAAUGCCAACGAAGAAAGGAAGAAAGAAAUCUUUGUGAUAGAUCCUUCUAGCAGCCUGUACUAUAGGUGGCUGACCAUCAUUGCCAUCCCUGUCUUCUAUAACUGGUGCAUGCUUGUGGGCAGAGCCUGUUUUGAUCAACUUCAAAGUGACCACUUGAUGCUGUGGCUGGUCUUGGAUUAUACUGCUGAUGUCAUCUAUGUUUUGGACUUGCUGGUUCGAAUGAGGACAGGCUUUCUUGAACAAGGUUUAAUGGUCAAGGAUGCAGAGAAACUCAGAAGGCACUACAUGAAGAUGUUCCAGUUCAAGUUGGAUGUACUCUCUCUGGUCCCCACUGAUCUGGCUUAUUUAAAAGUGGGACUGAACUAUCCUGAGUUGAGGUUCAACCGCCUGCUGAAAUUUGCCCGGCUUUUUGAAUUCUUUGACCGCACUGAGACUAGGACCAACUAUCCUAACAUGUUCAGGAUUGGAAAUCUUGUCCUGUACAUUCUGAUCAUCAUCCAUUGGAAUGCAUGUAUCUACUUUGCCAUUUCCAAGUUUAUUGGAUUUGGGACUGAUUCCUGGGUUUACCCCAACAUCUCUAUCCCAGAAUACGGGCGCCUGUCCAGGAAAUACAUUUAUUGUCUCUACUGGUCCACCCUGACUCUGACUACCAUUGGGGAGACUCCACCGCCUGUCAAAGACGAGGAGUACCUUUUUGUGGUGAUUGACUUCCUGGUGGGAGUGCUGAUCUUUGCCACCAUUGUGGGUAACGUUGGCUCCAUGAUCUCCAACAUGAAUGCCUCCAGGGCUGAAUUCCAGGCCAAAAUCGACUCCAUUAAGCAGUACAUGCAAUUCCGAAAAGUGACCAAGGACUUGGAGACCCGGAUCAUCAGAUGGUUUGACUACCUGUGGACCAACAAGAAGACGGUCGAUGAAAAGGAAGUACUCAAAAGCCUCCCAGACAAGCUGAAGGCCGAGAUCGCCAUCAAUGUGCACCUGGAUACCCUGAAAAAGGUACGUAUUUUCCAGGACUGUGAGGCAGGUCUCCUAGUGGAACUGGUCCUAAAGCUUAGGCCUGCCGUGUUCAGCCCUGGUGAUUAUAUCUGCAAGAAGGGGGAUAUUGGGAGAGAAAUGUACAUCAUCAAAGAAGGGAAGCUGGCGGUAGUGGCCGAUGAUGGCAUCACUCAAUUUGUGGUCCUUAGUGAUGGAAGCUACUUUGGGGAAAUCAGCAUCUUAAACAUCAAAGGGAGCAAAUCUGGAAACAGAAGAACAGCCAAUAUCAGGAGCAUCGGGUACUCUGAUCUAUUCUGCCUGUCCAAAGAUGACCUGAUGGAGUCCCUCACUGAAUAUCCAGAAGCCAAAAAGGCCCUGGAAGAGAAGGGACGGCAGAUUCUCAUGAAGGACAACUUGAUAGAUGAGGACGUGGCUGGCAGUGGAACAGACCCAGUGGACAUGGAGGAGAAAGUGGAGAGACUGGAGUCUUCCCUGGAUAAUCUACAGACCAGAUUUGCUAGGCUCCUGGCAGAAUAUAAUGCCACCCAAAUGAAAGUCAAGCAGAGACUCAGCAGACUUGAGAGCAAAGUAAAGAAGUGUGGGAGCGACUUGUCGGAUGCAGAGAGCAUUGCUGAUGGAGAUGCUGAAAAAGCUAAGGACAAAAACCAAUAAGGAAAUAUGCUGAUGGGUCUCAUUUUGCUUAGUCGUUUACAGUAUGGGUCAAGUCAUAUUCAUAUAUGUACCCAAAUACAUAUACAUAUACACAUAUGAGCACACACAUACAAUUAUUUUUAUAUGGAAUUCAAGAAAUUUUUAGACUUUUUAAUGAUCUUAUAUAUAGAGAAAAAACACACAAGGGAGUAGUAACCAGGGGACGUUCUGGUUGGAGAAGUCAUGGAAAUGGUGAAUGAUCUUCUCUUUGGAGGUCUUCAAGCAUAGGCUGCAUAAUUACUCCUUGGGUAUGUUAUAGUGAAGAUUCCUUUCAUGAAUGGGUCUGUCUAGUUCCAAGGGUUAUUCACUUUCUUGGGGAGAUGGACGCCUUUGGCAGCACAGUGAAGCCUUCUCUGACUAAUGAAACAUGUUUCAAAAUGUAUAAAAUAAGACAUAUAGAAUUACAGAGGGAACCAAUUAUAGUGAAAUAUAGCUAUCAAAAUCUUUUUUUAAAAAAUCAAAUUCAUAGAUCCCAAGUUAAAGAUCCAUUGGCUUCUAAUGUUCCUUCUAAUUCUCAAAUUCUAUGAUUCUAUAACAUCCAUAGAUGUUUCUUGUGAACAGAAUAUAGAAUAUUGUUUUUCUCUUUCUUCCCCCUGAAAAGAAGUUUGGGUUAUUGCUAAGUGAGGGUAGAUGGGGCUCAAUGAAGAUAAUGACUGUGCUCUGACAGUUGGGGAUUCAUUCUUUGAUUCAAAGGCUCUUCAUGAGCUUGGAACAUGCCUGGCCAACCUAAAGUUGGACACAGUCAUGGUAAGAAAGAGGUUCCUAUCUGUGGAAAAUGUCACAUACCCAUCUUCGGGUACUGGGCAGAUAAACUAUAUGCUAGAAUUAUGAAUUAAUAGAGCUCCAUAAUGAAUUUUGGGACACAAAUUUUCAAAAAUCAAAGUCAGGAGACACUUCCAAUUGGGGCCCAGGCUUCCCUUAAAUUUUUUUGUCAUGGACAAAAAACAUGGACAUUUGUCAUGGACCCCUUCAGCAACCUGGGAAAGCUUACGAACCUUUUCUCAGAAUAUAUUUCUAAGAGCAUACUGUAAAAUACAUAAGAAUACAAAGAAAACUAAUUAUCUUGAAAUAGUUAUCAAAACAUUUUAAAAGUGUUAGUUCAGAACCCAGAUUGAGAAAUGUUGCCCUAAAUGAUGCAAUUCGCACCCUCCCCAUCUUCCAUCACCAUCCCAACGCUCUAGCUGGUUAAGGUCCUGAUGGCCACCCUGGAGUGGGGAGGAGGGAUCUUUCUCUUUGUCUUAUUUCUGCCUGUCUUAUUUACACUUUAAACCAUUCCGUUGUCAUGUGAGGAAAGAUCACAGCAUCGUAGAUUUAGAGCAGAGAAAGAUCUAAGAGUUCAUCUAAUCCAGUCAUUUUGCAAUGGAAUUCUAAGUCCCCUGACUGGGUUCACAUCCAGUCUCAACUUCUUACUGCCUACGUGGCCAUUCCUUUUUCAGGCCGUAUCUUCCUCAUCUGUAAAAAUAAGGGUUUCUUAACAUAUUGUGUGUGUGUG